AAUCCUAUUGAAUCUCCAAUAGGUUUGCAUGGCAAAUUCAGGAGUUGCAUGCACAGCAUUUCAAAUAAAAUUUCAACAACCGCAUAUUUCAGUAACAGAAGAAAAUUAAAUCAGGGAAUUAUUGAUAAUAAUUCUGGGGGAACUUAGACUAUUGUCGGUUUGUAUAGGCCUUUAGGCUACAAUAGAAAAAUCCAAAAGAACACGCAAUAUGUCUGUCGCUGGAAAUGAAAUAAUAGACCCACAUAAUUUGGCUUGACAAACAGGAUAAUAUCUAUAUUUAAUCAUAAACCAGUUAGUACAGUAGUACAAUGCACCUUGCCCAGGAACCUCCUGUGAAAGGUGUGAACCAAUUCCGACCAAGCAAAGCAAAAAAUGGGGCGCGGCACAGUCUAGACUAGAGAAGGUAUGGUUUCGCAACUUAACCCACAGCAUUGUGGAAAUUUGACGAUGCCCGUCCCUAUGUACCGGUUUUACGCAAGAAUGUAGUUAACAUAUUUUCCCUCAACUGUUGGCCUUACUCUCACAUUUCAGCUUCACGAUGGUGAGUAAAAUGUCUGCUUUUGGUUCCAUGUUUUCACAUAUUUUACAGGGCAAGUACAUUCUCUCUGUCGAACAUGCACCAAACGGUGAGUAGGCUGUAUACAGUAACGGUGUUGUCUAUGGCACACCCAGUUCCUUUGGCAGGUUGUCUCCACCUGUUUGCCCGGACGCUACAGUAGUUUAAAGAAGCGUUGCUGGCUGGCACCACUGGAACCACCUCUUCCACUUGAACAGUUGUGCCGUCUGUCUUGCAUAAGAAGCUGUUUAUCGAUGGGUUGUUUUUAUACUAGAACGUUUUGAAAGUCAUAUAUGCACUUCAUGCUGCUGUUAAGCCGGCAGGGCAAGUUGCGACUGCAAAAGUGGUUCACUCCGGUGACGGAGAGAGAGAAGAAGAAGGUGAUCAGGGAAAUGACUCUGAUGGUGCUGGCUCGCCCUCCCCGCUCCUGUAACUUCCUCCUCUGGAGGGACCUCAAGAUUGUUUACAAAAGGUAUGCCAGUCUCUACUUCUGCUGUGGUCUGGAGGACCAGGACAAUGAACUGUUGACCCUGGAGGUGUUGCAACGAUAUGUCGAGCUGCUGGACAAAUACUUUGGCAACGUCUGUGAGCUGGACAUAAUCUUUAACUUUGAGAAGGCCUACUUCAUCCUGGAUGAGUUCCUGGUGGGAGGAGAGAUCCUGGAGACCUCCAAGACAGCUGUGGGCAUCGCUAUGGAGGAGGCAGAGACACUACAAGAGACAAUGGAGGAGUAUAUGAGUAAACCGACCUACUGAACCAAUAACAGGGACGUGAGUCGAAUCUUAAGACUGAAGAAUCCUUUUCUCAAUUGCCAUAAGUGCCACAGCAUUUCAAAGAAGACUUAUUCAACUGGAAUACUCUUCCAUUCAGACAGAAUACAUAGUCUGUUUUUUAUAUAAGCACGUUCUAAUAUUAUUAGUCUUUUUUGUACUUUUUACUCCUUUUUCUUCCCAAUUGGUAGUUACAGUCUUGUCCCAUUGCUGCAACUCCCAUACGGACUCGGUCAAGAAACACGACCCCGCCAAGUUGCACUGCUUCUUGACACUGCUCGCUUAACCCGGAAGCCAGCCGCAUCAAUGUGUCGGAGGAAACAGUGUACAACUGGCGACUGUGUCAGUGUGUGUGCGCUCGGCCCGCCACAAGGAGUCGCUAGAGCGCGGGUCUUUAGUGACGCGGGUCUUUAGUGACGCCUCAAGCACUGCGAUGCAGUACCUUAGACCGCUGCACCACUCGGGAGGCCCCUAUAUGCACUUUCUAAAAGAUGCAUUAGGAGUUUUAUAAUUUAAGAGUUCAUUUUAAAACACAGAGUUUAACUUUGAGAUUUAUUUUUAAAUGUGUUAUUAGUUAAAUAAUUGUAUUAUUAUAUAUUUGAUAGGAUCACAUAUGUUUUACAGUAAUUGUAGUCUGCUUUGCUUUAUCUGACUUUUAAGCAAAAAUGUUAUUUUAGCAUGUUGCUGCUGCAUCUUCAAACGUUGCGAGUUGAUCCAAGGAUUGUAACCACAACUUCUUACCACUCGAAAGUCACAUUUAUGAUUUUAAUUCUGUUGGCUAACAUAGCCACUGCCUGCACAAACGUGAUAGUGCCUUAUUGUAAUAUUUCUCAGUUGGCAAGCUAGAGCCAGUGGGUUCUAAGAUUGAAGCUAAAGGUUGACAUUUUGGAAAGUGAUGCCUACUCACAGUGCCGUUAAAGUUGUACUGUCUGAAUAAAUAGUUUUGUUUCCAGAAUAGUCUGUCUUUUUAAAUGUUAGUUAGGGUACGUUGUUUCCACCUGUUGAAUAUUGAUCUCUUGGUUUUAUUAGUGGAAUUGACAAGGACUACCCUGUGCCCCAGGUUAAGAAAUUAGUCAUCGUUCUGAGAGAAGCCUUACUUGAAAUACAGACUAGAUCCAUGAGAGAGAAUCUAGUACUUACAGGUAUCCAAGAGAAAGAAGGAGAAGUUCCUGAAUCUACAGUUAGAGAGUUCGUCCUUACAGCGCUUCAGAUUCCACGCGAAGCUAUCGACAAAAUCCAACUUGAACGUGUACACCGCUUCAGAGAGGGCAGAGGUAUGAACGCCCAAUCGUUGCCAAAUUUGCUUUCUUUAAAGAUAUAAUAAUGGGUAAAAGACUUCCUGGCAUGAAUGACCAGUUCCCAAAGGAAAUUGCAGAACGGCGUAAAGUUCUGUAUCCAAUUUUCAAGGAAAAUAGAUUGAAAGGGAAACACGUAGCUCUCAUAGUAGAUAAACUGUAUAUUGAUAACCAGUUGUUCAGAGACACAAAGACUACUCCAUGGCUAAUUAAAAAAUUACAAAGUUCUCAUAGAGGAGGCAAAUAAGGAAACACAAUUCUAGCCCGGUUAUGGAUUGUAAUAAUACAACAGAAACAUAUAGAUAGAAAGCUAUCUUCAAGUAUAACUAAUUGGAACACAAAAGCACUAAUUCAACAUGGUGGAGAAAAAAACCCUCAGUAAAAAGAAGGCACAGUGUGGAUAGAUGCUGUGUGGUUUUUUUGGUGUUUGGGAAAGUGGUGUUGAGUGAGAAAGGAAAUGGUUGCAUAUCCCAGAACCAAUGUAUUUCUGUGAGCGGUGGUUGAGAGAGAGCUUUCGAUGUUGUUCAGAUGAGGGAUAUACAUUUUAUAAUGAAUUAUACAUUUUAUUUAUUGUCCUACGGUUGUGGAACAGCGUUUUAAAAUAAAUUAUACAUAUCA